UUCCCAAGCCCCGCCCAAUCUCUCUAGUAUCUAUCAGUAGCUUUUAGCUAUCGCGGCUAACGCCAGCUGUUCUGGACCUUUUCUCCUUAUAAAAUUCUUUGUUUGUCUCUGUCGUGUUUCUUUGUGAGAAGACUUUGACAUGGUUGUGUUAAAUAGCAAUAACAAUGAGGAACAGGAUGUAAUCGUAAAUGAGCGGCGCUGCUCAUCUCUACCCAACUCUCCUGCAAAACGAGUUUCUCCAGCCAAAAAGAAGCAGUUCUUUAUUAACCAGGCCGUCCGAAACUCUGACCUCACUCCCAGAGCCAAGGGCAGGAAGAGUCUGCAACGACAGGAAAACACUCGUUUUCUGGUCAAUCUAUUGGACCGGGACGACUGCUCUACAGAGGACGGCGAAGGGCAUGAAACGGCCUCGGCCACCAUCUUCACUGAAGCCUGCUCCAAUGGGAACUAUGUGGAGUACUGGAGUGAUUUUAUGAAUCGAUCUGGGGAGGAGCAAGAGCGGCUCCUGGCUCUGCUGGAGGAGGAGGCUCAGAGGACACACUCCAAGAGCCAGAAAGACCAAAGAGACGUAGACCCUGCGGUGCGGGCCCGGGACUGCUUCCAGAGGAUUGAUCGAAGGCUGCGUGUGACGCUGAAACGCAAACAGAUUCCCAUGGGAGUGUUGGAGGGUCUGGAGUCCGAUCUGCUGGACUUCUUCAUGACAGAACCACACUCGAUAUACACUACCAAACUCAGCAGCAGUUAUGAGCGUCUGCUCCUUCAUGCCGUCUGCCAGUACAUGGAUCUGACCUCUGCUAGCUCUGACUGUGAUGGCGCUCGACAGACGCAGGUCGUAAACAAACAGGACGAGUUCCUGCCUCCUCAGUCUCUGCUCUCGGCCUACCUGGAGCAGUUCAGCUGAGCGUGAGUGCUGUCCACGAGCCGUGAACGGUGUGUGUGUGUGUGUGUGUGUGUCCUGGCCCUUCAGGAGAAGCUGCGCUCACUCGAGUGAUCACCGAACCUCUUUCAUUUCCUCUUUCUGAUGCUCUAGAGCACGUGUCGGUAGAUGUUGUUUCAUGAUCUGAUGCUUUUUCCAUGUUCUGGACAGAAAACACUGUCAUGGCAAGUACAAACAUAAGUGUGUAUGAACUCGAGGCAGAAUAUGAUUUUUGUUUAUCAUGAUCUUUACAUGAAAAGCCACAUAUAGUCAAAAACAUCUGAAACUCAGGCUCUUACAAAAUCAGCACAAAUGUCCUGAUGGUUAUGCAGUUAUUGUGUGUGUGUCUCUGCACAACAUUUUACAGUCGACAUGCGUUUUAGAUUUGUGCAGACUCGUAAUUCUGCUAGUUUACUUCAGCCGGUCCUGCCUGUAUUUUUAUAUCCAGCAUUCGAAAACUUGAAUUUUGAGUGAAAGCGUCCUUGUCUUGUUUGUUCAUCUGCUGAUAUCAGGUGUCACACACUUCUGUUGUCACUGUUGAGGAUCUGCCAACAUGCACUUAACAGCUAUGCCUUACCUGUGUACCAUAUGUGUCAGUUUAGCGUAUAUUUUCCAAUAUAUUAAGCUUUACAUCAAGGUUGUUAUGGUUUACAUACAGGGGAAAUAUUUUGAUGUUUUAUAUCAUCAAGGGUCCUGAGACACUUGAGCAGUUCUUGCAUUGGUGUUUAUUACCAAAGUGUGUGUGUGUGUGUGUGUGUGUGUGUGUAUGCCAGGCAUUAACCUUCAUGAAUGUGGACUUUUACAUGACUUUCAGUCACCUAAAAAGCAGAUGUGUUGAAACCUUUGCCAUGAAGAGUUGGCUUUUUAUUAUUUUAUUUUUAUAUUUUUGUGCCAGUAUUUGAGUUCAACACACCAUAGAGCACUUCACUUUAUUUAGUUUUUGUCUGUUGCAAUUACCUGUUAAAAUGAUAUUAAGCUUUUAACUGAGAUCGUAUUGUGUAAUUAUUUCAUGAAUUGAAUGCAAAUUAUGUGGACUUAAUAAUGAAAAUUAAAAAAAAGUUCUGUUUAA